AUGGAGGCUUUGCUGGAAGGAAUGCAAAGAAAUGGGCAGGGGAGCAGUGGGUUCUUGACUUCCUGUGAGGCUGAGCUGCAGGAGCUGAUGAAGCAGAUCGACAUUAUGGUGGCUCACAAGAAAUCUGAAUGGGAAGGACAGACACAGGCUUUGGAAGCUUGCCUGAGUGUUCGAGAGCAGGAACUUUCCUCUGCCAGGGCUGCUCUGCAGGAAAAAUAUAAGGAGGUUGGCAUGUUGCGUCACCAGGUAGAAGGCAUGGAAAAAGCUAAACAGGACAUGGUUAGAGAAUAUGAACAACAGCUGAAGAAAUUUCAAGAGGAGUUGUCCAGGCUGAGGAGGAGCUAUGAGAAGCUGCAGAAGAAACAACUAAGAGAAGCUAGAGGAGAAGCUAACAAGAGACAAGGGGAGGACCAGUUUGAAAUGAGCCGACUGACCAGGAAGCUGGAGGAGUUUCGUCAAAAAUCACUUGACUGGGAGAAGCAGCGCUUGCUUUACCAGCAGCAGGUGGCAUCGCUGGAAGCACAGAGGAAGGCUUUGGCUGAGCAGUCUGAGCUCAUUCAGACUCAGCUUGCCAAUCGGAAGCAGAUUCUGGAGUCAGUGGAGCUGGCUAGCAGAUCGGAAAUCCAGCACUUAACCAGCAAGCUGGAGAGGGCCAACGAUGCUAUCUGUGCCAAUGAGUUGGAGGUGGAGAGGCUUAACAUGAGAGUGGAUGACCUGACUGAAAACAAUCGAAUGAUUCUGGAAGAUCAGCAAAGAGUUCAAGAAGAAUUAAGGCAAUCCAAGAAAAUGUUAGAGGUGCUACAGGAUGAGAAGAUGGAACUUAGAGCCACGCUGCAAUCUCAGGAAGAUUUCAUUGACAGCUCCAAGCUGCACCAGGAACAGUUACAGAAAGAGCUGGCCAGGGUGACUGAAACUCUUUGCACAAAAGAACUCCUCAUCAGGGCCUUGGAGGAACGCUUGCAAGAGAAACAAUUGUCUUCUCCCGGGCUGGAGCUGGAGCAUAUACUACUGCGGCUGGAUGUUGCCCAGAAGAAGGAACAGCACUUACAGUCAGAAGUGACUCACCUUGAGAACAGCCUAGUGUCUUCAAAUGCAAGGUGUGUACAGCUGAGUGAAGAGCUGGAUGAGAAUAUCAAAGAGCUGCAGUCAAUGGAAGAACACCAUACUGAGUCAAAGGCAGAGAUUAAAAAGCUGAAAGAGCAGCUCUCUCAAGCUGAACAAACUCACAGCAGCGAGCUAGAAGGGAUGAAAAGGGAAAUCUCCAGGUUGACACAAGAGUUACACCAGCGGGACAUCACAAUUGCGUCUGCAAGUGGCUCCACAUCAGACCUAGAACAACGGCUGAGAACAGAAAUUGAAAGAGCAGAGAGGAAAGCGGUGGAGCACAGGGUAAUUCUGGUCCAGCUGGAAACCUUGAGGCUGGAAAACCGUCAUCUCUCAGAGAUGCUGGAAAAAACAGAGUGCGGUAUGCUAGAGGGAAAAGAGGUCACCCUAAGAGCACUCAGUGAAGACUAUGCUGUUGAACUAAAUAAAUUAAAAUCUCAGAACCAGCAAUUGCAGAAGGAUCUAGCAGAGGCCAGAGCAAAACUGGAGCUCACUUGGCAGGUCCGCCAGGAUGAACCUGAGGGCACUGCUCAGCAGGUGCAAGACAAAGAGCCUGAGGCCAGGGAUGUGCAGUACAGGACAACUGGGGAAGCACAGCACAAACAUGAUGAACAAGCAGAGAGAAUGCAUCACAAGCCUGAUGGGACUAUUCAGCAUCAUCAAGGGGAGCCCCAGCGAUGGGGGGCUGCUGAAAUAGGAACUGUGACCUCUGAGACGGGUGAGCUGCCCACCCAAACCAGCAGGAAGAACUGCAUGGAGUCACUUGCUUUGGGCGCCUUGCUGGGAACGGAUUCUUUGCUCCAUGUGCUGGAUGGAAACAAAGAUUUCGCAGAUGAAGCAUCUAAGCAGCCCAUCUCAAAUGAUCAGAGAGAAUCUGUGCCUUUGUGUCCCCUGCCUACAGCUUCAGUUGGAUCGAUAGCUGCAAGAUACCUGGAAGAAGAAGAACUAAGAUCCCAGCACAUCCUGGAGUGCCUAAAUGCUCACAUUGAGGAACUGAAAAAAGAGAGUGGGAAGAUAGUGAGACAGUUUGGACACCAGGAGUAAUGUUUCUUAGUGAAUUUGAAUGCUGGUUUACUUACAUGGUUCCAAACUGUGACUGGGGAGGUAGCUAUAAACCCAUUGCCAUUGGAGCUUGAGUGAGAGGCUGUACCUCCCACUUUGAGCUGAAUCAGCAGGAUGGAUAUUGAGGAAAGGAAACUCCUCUCUAAUGUGUUUGAUCUGAUGGACACCACAAACGCUUCAGUCAGCUUGCUGUAGGUCAGAAAGCUGCAUCAGAGGUACAUGUUUGUGCAGUCACUCACAAAGAGAUUAUGGUGUUUUUUUAGAAGCAAACCAUUUGCUAAUUUUAAUAUAAAGUAUUUU